AUGAUAAACAACAUGGGAGGCAUGGUGAACAUGGACAUGGGUGGCAUGGUAAACAUGGAAAGAGGAAGAGUGAAGGAUUUGAUUGCAGAGUUUGAUAUGCCAGAUGACUCAUCAGAUGAUGAUGAUGCAAACGAUUGGCUGUUUGAACUUCAAGAUGUCAAAGGCAAGAUUCCCUUACCAAGUGAAAAUCCAUGUAAGAAUGGCGGUGUUUGUGAGGAAAAGAGAGACAAAUUUAAAUGCAAAUGCCCCAAGCAGUUCAGAGGCAGAAGAUGCGAGAGAGGAAAAAGAGUUUGUAAGAGGGGAACCUGUGGGAAAGGACUGUGUCUUCUGACCCAAAAUCCUCCCUACUAUACAUGCAAGUGUAUUCCACCAUUCGCGCCACCAAACUGCAAAACACCUUCUCCAUGUACUCCAAACCCUUGUGAGAAUAAUGGCAAAUAUGUUAAGGACGAGGAUGAUUUUGACUGUGUCUGCGAAAAUGGUUUCUUUGGAAAAUACUGUCAAGUUGACCCAAAUGACUGCUACGGAGGGGAUGGAGAGUCAUACAGAGGGAAGGUGUCAGACACAGAAGAAGGGGAUGAGUGUCUUGACUGGAACUCUGAAUUUGUUCUGGAUAAAGGAUCCUUUCCUUUUAAUGCAUUUGCAUCUACAACAGGCCUGGGACCCCAUAACUACUGCAGAAACCCAGAUGGAGAUAAGAAGCCAUGGUGCUUUAUAAAGAGGAACAAAAGACUCCUAUGGGAUUAUUGUGAUGUCAGAAAAUGUCCCACGCCUGAAAUGGUCCCCACCAAGUCUGAGGCCUUCACAACCCCAGAGAGUAUCACUUCAAUCACAGGAAUCACUUCUCCUCCUCCACUAAUCGCAUCAUCUCACAAUGCCACUUCAUUAACCAGGAGUUUUGCUACAUGUGGUAAACCUCAGCCAAAGAAACAACUAAACCGGAUUUAUGGGGGUCUUAAAGCUAUUCCUGGAGCCCAUCCAUGGCAAGUGUCAGUGCAGGUCAAACCUAAAGGGUCCACCCAGGAAUAUAAACACAUCUAUGGAGGCACCCUUAUCAAAUCUUGUUGGGUGCUGACUGCGGCCCACUGCAUUGGUAGAAACCAAGAUUACCGUGUUGUGAUGGGAGGAGUAAAUCUGGGGAUAAAUGAGCCAGCAGACCAGACUCUGCAAGUGGAGAGUUUCAUCGUCCACGAGAAGUUUAAGGAAACCCCAAACGUUGUCUACAAUGAUAUCGCUCUGUUAAAGAUGAAAGCUACCAAUGGAGUAUGUGCUAAGGAAACUCAGUAUGUGAAGAUAGCUUGCUUGGCCGAAGAACCUUUUGCAGAUGGAACAGAAUGCAGCAUCUCUGGGUGGGGAGCCACAGAAUUCUUGGACUAUGUCUCUAUCCAUUUGCUUGAUGCACAAGUUUUGCUGAUCUCUCAGGAGGCUUGUUCCAGCAAUAAAGAUUAUUCAGCUCUGUUGGAUGAUGGCAUGUUUUGUGCUGGCUAUCUUAAGGGAGGAGUAGACUCCUGUCAGGUGGGUGACUCUGGUGGGUCUCUCACCUGUGAUAGGGAUCAAACACAUUAUAUCUAUGGUAUAGUGAGCUGGGGAGACAACUGUGGGGAGAAGGACAAGCCUGGUGUCUAUACCCGAGUCCUUAAAUAUGUGGACUGGAUCAAUGAAAAAACUGCUGAGGGGGCAUAG